AUGCCCACUGGGUUGUUGGGUGUUUCGCAAUUCCAACCUCCACUUUUCACCGAUUCCACUACCACCACCACUACCUCCACUAUUGAUCCUCCAAUAAAUGUCAAUGCAUCUAAUACGAGGACAAGUGAUUUGGGACUUCUAGUUGGUAAUACCUCUCCACCCAUCUCUCCUUUCACCCAGGAUGAUCCAGACACAAUCUUUAGCGGUGAUGAUGACGACUUCGCAAGAUUCAGUUACAGUCCAUUUAACAUUCAGACUGAAAGUGAUCACGGAGCUCCCAUCACAAGAGGGAAACUCAAGGCGAUAAAUGAAAAACUCAAUUUAUUGCUUCAAUCAUCCAAGGCUUCAUCUUCUGAGGAUUAUUCACAAGUGACAAUCAAAUCGUUCCUUGAAACCUUUACGAAAGAGCAUUCUGCCAACCUUGAAAAGACAAACAAGGCGUUAUAUACAUCUGCUUCUGUGUGCAAUGAAAUGAUAGAAAAAGUUGAUAAACUAAUUACCGAUGCUUGUUCGUUUAUAGAGAAAUUCCAUAGUUCCUGUUAG